AUGAGACCUCUAACUUUACUGCCCCUUCUUUCUAAUGCCUAUUCUCAAGGCCAGGCUUCAAUAACUGCCGAGGAUUCUCCUGAUCACCCGUUAGGAGAAUCGGAGUACAACAAAGUCUGUGCCAAUCCCAGCGACAACGAAGUGCAGGUAGCCCUGGGAUACUUUGUUCGAUACUAUUGCGACACCUACCCGCAGUAUUGGAAUGAUAAGAUUAAAAAUGUACCCUCUAUCGAAGCGUGCACUUUGGCAUGUAGCGAGAUACCGGGAUACAAGGGAGCUUUGUGGAAGAAGAAAGAUGCCACUUGCUGGUGGAGCGACCAUGCUACUGAUUUCGAGACCGAUAUAUACACUGAUGCCCCAGGAUAUGUGUAUAUGGUACAUGGGGCAAGAUGCUCUAUUAUCCACAGCAAGGAGGAACCUUCGCAGAGUCUAUUGAGCAGUGCACCAGACUCUGUCUUUCGAAAACCAAAUGCAAACUUGCACAAUAUACAGUAA